AAUCUUCUAAAAUAUAUUUGAUGUACCAACUGUUCGAUUAUGUCUUAGAAAGCCAAGAUCAAAUAAGAAAGUUCAAUGGACUCAAGGCACAGUGGAUAAUGAACAUAUGAAUAAAAAGAAAUCUAAAUGUUGUUGUAUCUAUGAAAAGCCAAGAAGUUUUGGUGAAAGUAGUUCUGAAGAUAGUGAUGAUGAAUGCGAACAUUGUCAUGGACAUAAAGAUGCCCACAAAAAGAUUCCACGUCAUAAUGCAGAAACAUCUAAAGAAGUAUCUCCUACUCCAGAAUCAGUAGUAAAUGCAUCUAUAUAAAUAUCUUGAUGACAUAAAUAUUUUCUUUAAAUGAAAAGAUAUACUGUUUGAAUUUGAGUUGCAUAGAAAGGAAAAUUAGGACAUUCAAAAUAUCAAGGAAAUAUCAGUUCUAAAUACAGUUAUAUUAUUAUUAUCCCUAUUACUAAUGUUGAUAUUUUUAAAUAAAUAUUGUAAGUUACACUUGCAAUACUUAUUUAUAUUCUUAAUAAUGAGAGCAUUGGUAAGGCAUAUCAUUUAAAAGAGAGAAAAGGAAAAUAUAAACUUUUAUUAAUAGCAUGGUUAAUCAUUGUUACAUGAUUUAAUGUUUAUAUAGCAUAUGAUUGAAAAUGAAUUUGUCAAUGAUAGUGGCCAUUAAAUAACUCAAAAGCAAAAAUAUAUACAUUAUUUCGUUGAACAUAGUAGAAUUAAUUAUAAUUUUUAUAUUACUUAAUUUAGACUAUACAUACCACCUUGUAGCUUCUCGAUAGUUGUGAAGUAAUUUAGA